AUGGAGUCUAUUAAUGAGAACCGAGUAGUCAUCAUUGUUGGAGACACAGGGUCUGGUAAAACCACCCAGGUACCACAGUUCCUUUAUGAAGCUGGAUAUGCACAGGAUGGAAAGCUAAUUGGAAUAACUGAGCCUCGUCGUGUUGCUGCUAUCAGCAUGUCCAACCGAGUGGGAAGUGAAAUGAAUUUAUCUUCAAGUGUGGUGUCCUAUCAAAUUAGGUAUGAAGGUAAUACAUCAUCUGAGACAAAGAUUAAGUUUAUGACAGAUGGUGUCCUUUUCAAAGAAGUUCAACAGGAUUUCUUGUUAACAAAAUACAGUGUUAUUAUAUUGGAUGAGGCUCAUGAACGCACUGUGUACACUGACAUUCUCAUAGGAUUGUUGUCAAGAAUCGUUCCAAUCAGAGAGAAGAAAGGAAAUCCUCUAAAAUUGGUUAUCAUGUCUGCUACACUUCGAUUAGAAGACUUUACUGGUAACCCAAAUCUUUUCAAGAUUACUCCUCCUAUUGUCAAGGUAGAUUCCCGGCAAUAUCCAGUCACAAUUCAUUUUAAUAAACAUACACCUGUAGAAGAUUAUCUUGGGGAAGUCUAUAAAAAGACUUGCAAGAUUCAUACGCAGCUUCCUGAAGGAGGGAUACUAAUUUUUGUAACUAGCCAACAAGAAGUCCAUACAUUAUGUAAUCGUCUUCGACAGAGAUUUCCUUUUCAUUCGAACUUAACAGAUACUGCUACUGCUUCAUCUCAGACAAAGCAUUCUAAAAAAUCAUCACGUAAAAGAAAACAAGAAAAAGAGAAAGUUCAACUGCCAGACAUAAAGCUUGAUAAUUAUUCCAUUUAUCCUGAAAACAAAAACAUUGAGUUGGCUGAUGAUGACGACGAUGUUGAUCUUUCUGAUGGCUUUGAAGAUAAAGAUGACAUUGAACUGGAGAAACAAUUUGGAAAUGGACCAAUGGAGCCUUUAUAUGUUUUGCCAUUGUAUUCUCUUCUUCCUGGUGAUAAACAAGCUAAGGUGUUUCAGCCUCCUCCUCCAAACUGUAGAUUGUGUGUUGUUGCUACUAAUGUGGCUGAAACUUCAUUAACAAUUCCAAAUGUCAAAUAUGUAGUCGAUUGUGGAAAAGUAAAAACCAAAUACUGUGAUAAAGUAACAGGAGCUUCAACAUUCAAAGUGACUUGGACUUCUAAAGCUUCAGCUAGUCAGAGGGCAGGUCGUGCAGGACGUGUUGGCCCAGGACAUUGUUAUAGGCUUUAUUCAUCAGCUGUAUAUAAUGACUUUGAAGAAUUUUCAUUACCUGAAAUCCUUCGCAGACCAAUAGAUGAUAUUGUUCUUCAAAUGAGAUUUCUGGGUAUUGAUAAAGUAAUUAAUUUUCCUUUCCCAACAUCACCAGAUAAGAAACAAUUGCUGGCUGCCGAAAAGUUGCUUGUCUCUUUAGGAGCUUUAAAUAAAGCUGACAUACCAAAAUCUUUCAAAGAAUCCAAAAAUGUUGUUACUACACUGACAAACAUUGGACAGAGUAUGGCAACACUUCCUGUGUCUCCUCGUUAUGCCAAAAUGCUAGUGCUCGCUCAUCAGCAUGGUCUUAUGCCAUAUGCCAUAGCUAUGGUGGCUGCUCUAUCAGUUCAAGAACUUUUCCUUCCUAUCAAAAAAACUCCUCAAGAUAGGUCUGGAAAGAGAACAAACCAAGACUUUGCAGCCACUGCAAGAGCCCUUUGGUCUGGAAGUGGUCAUUCUUUGUUGCUUGGGGAUCCAAUGUUACUUUUGAAAGGUGUCGGUGCCUGUGAAUUUGAUGGAAAUGUUGAUCAAUUCUGUGAUAAGUUUUGCAUCAGAACCAAAGGAAUGAAAGAAGUUCGUAAACUAAGACUUCAGCUGACAAAUACUAUAAACCUUGCUGUUCCUGGAAUAAAUCUUUGCAUCGACCCCAAAAUGGAGCCCCCUACUGAAUCUCAUGCUAAAUUACUGCGACAGAUAGUUCUGGCUGGCUUAGGUGAUCAUGUUGCCAGACGUAUUGAUAUUUUACCUGGAGAUUGCACAGAGGAAAAGAAAAAGCAGUUAAAAUAUGCUUAUGAGACAUUGGAAACCUCAGACCCUGUUUGGAUCCAUCCUGAUUCAGUUCUGUAUAAAAAGCGGCCAAAAUAUGUUGCAUACCAACAUAUUCAUGAGACUUCAAAGCCUUUCAUGAAAGUGGUAGCUGGUAUAGAGCCAGAAUGGUUUCCCUUAAUUUUACCCAAUAUGUGUACUUUCUCCAAGCCUGAAGAAGAACCAGCACCAAGAUAUGAUUCCCAAAAAGGAAAAGUACUUUGCCACAUGGGAGGCACAUUUGGACCUCAAUCAUGGCCUUUUACGCCUACAGAAAUGGAAUAUCCAUCUGGUAUAGAUUGUUGCAGAUGGUUUGCAAGGUUCUUACUAGAAGGGCUUGUGUGUCCCAAAUUAAAGAAAUUUGUUCCAGUUCUUUCUGAGCCACCUUGCAUUAUGAUUAAAUUCUGGUCAAAGUUAAAACCACAGACUGAGGUUUUAUUGAAACCUUUAUUGGCUGCAAACAUCACUACCAAAAAAUCACUUCUCAAACAAUGGACAAAAGAUGAUACCUUUUUGCUAUUUGAAUAUUCUCGCUGGCUUCCCGAGGAACAUCAUCCUGAAUUAAAGAAGCAAUGGCCUCCAGUUUGA